CCCCAAGCAAAUUACACAGUUGAUUUUUCUUCAAUAUCCAUUGAUUUCGAUUCUUGUUCUUGCUUCCAAGGAAGCACCAAAUUGUAUUGGGAAUUACCGACCAACGGCAGAUAUGCAGGGCUCAUCCGUUGUGUUUAACACGAAGCCGGUUUUGGUGCCGAUUAAUUCCAACAGCAGUUUCAAUCACACUACGGAUGGCUCCAAUUGUGUUGUGUUUGCUGCCAAGUUUAAUCGGGUGCAGUUGAAGAAGUCCGUUGGUUCGAGCGCGCAGAGAGGUCGCUGCAGCCGACCAUUUCUUGUUAGAAGUAAGAAUACUUGGAGGGGUUAUUCAUCUGAGCUAAAAGAAUUGAAGCCUCUAUCAAAAUUUGCAGAUACACAUCAACAUAUACGGUGUUUCCAAUCUUGCAAAAGAAAGCAAAUUGGCCUGAACAGAUUCAAAUCUGGAUUCUUUGCAGACAAGUCAGCUUUCCAUUUUCCAAAACCCAAAAUUUAUUAUGCUCAAGCUAGAAAGGCUCAUGUUUCAUGUGCCACUGUUGGCCCGGACGAGCCACAUGCUGCAAGCACAACCUGGCCUGAUGGUGUUAUGGAAAAUCAGGGAAUGGAGAGUUUGGAUUCCGAAGCAGAGAGAAGAGAAUUUGAGAAGUUUUUACGAAUUGAGGUUCCUUCUCACCCGAAAUUGUAUAGAGGACAACUGAAGAAUGGUCUACGCUACCUCAUUUUGCCAAAUAAAGUUCCUCCGAAUAGAUUUGAAGCUCACAUGGAAGUUCAUGUGGGGUCCAUUGAUGAGGAAGAAGAUGAGCAAGGAAUUGCUCAUAUGAUUGAACAUGUUGCAUUCCUUGGAAGUAAGAAACGUGAGAAACUUCUUGGAACUGGGGCAAGAUCUAACGCUUACACUGAUUUUCAUCACACAGUGUUUCAUAUCCAUUCACCGACCAGUACCAAGGACUCUGAUGGGGAUUUGUUGCCUGUUGUUCUGGAUGCUCUAAAUGAGAUUGCUUUUCAGCCAAAGUUUCUGGCUUCUCGUGUGGAAAAGGAGAGACGGGCAAUUUUGUCAGAACUACAAAUGAUGAAUACUAUAGAGUACCGUGUUGAUUGUCAGCUGUUGCAACAUUUACAUUCUGAGAACAAGUUGAGCAAAAGAUUUCCUAUUGGUCUAGAGGAGCAGAUUAAGAAAUGGGAUGCUGAUAAGAUCAGGAAAUUCCACGAGCGUUGGUACUUUCCUGCUAAUGCCACGUUAUACAUCGUUGGGGACAUUGAUAACAUUUCAAAGACGGUCAACCACAUUGAAGCAGUUUUUGGACAGACUGGUGUAGAAAGUGAACCAACUCCUGCAAAUACACCAAGAUCUUUUGGUGGACUAGCAAGUUUCCUAGUUCCUAAGCUGUCAGUCGGACUUACUAAUGGCUUAUCACAGGAUAGGCCACCUGCUUCUGUGGAGCCAUCAACAAAUAUCAGAAGGGAAAGGCAUGCUGUUCGUCCUCCUGUCCAGCAUAACUGGUCCAUUCCUGGAAGCUAUGGCGAAGAGAAAUCUCCUCAGAUAUUUCAGCACGAAUUGCUUCAGAAUUUCUCCAUUAACUUUUUCUGCAAGGUUCCUGUCAACAAGGUCCGUACUUACGGAGAUUUGCGAAAUGUUCUGAUGAAAAGGAUAUUUCUUUCCGCCUUGCAUUUCCGAAUCAAUACUAGAUACCAGAGUUCAAAUCCCCCAUUUACAUCGGUGGAAUUGGACCAUAGUGAUUCAGGAAGGGAAGGUUGUACGGUCACAACUCUUACUGUUACUGCAGAACCUCAAAAUUGGAAAAAUGCAAUUAAAGUUGCUGUGCAGGAGGUGAGAAGGCUGAAAGUAUUUGGUGUUACAAAUGGUGAAUUGGCCCGUUAUUUAGAUGCUCUGUUGAAGGACAGCGAACAGUUGGCUUCCAUGAUUGACAACAUAUCAUCAGUGGAUAACUUAGAUUUCAUUAUGGAAAGUGAUGCACUUGGCCAUACCGUAAUGGAUCAAAGACAAGGACACGAGUGUUUGGUUGCUGUUGCUGGGACAGUCACCCUAGAGGAGGUCAAUUCUGUUGGUGCAGAGGUGUUAGAGUUCAUAUCUGAUUUCGGGAAACCAUCUUCACGGCCUCCAGCUGCAAUUGUUGCAUGCGUACCAAAGAUAGUGCACAUCGAUGGAGUUGGUGAAACUGAAUUUAAGAUAGAGCCAGAAGAGAUUUUGGCUUCUAUAGAAGCUGGUUUGAAGGAACCCAUAGAGGCAGAACCUGAGCUUGAGGUGCCAACAGAGUUGAUAUCUACAGAACAGUUGCAAGAAUUAAGGUUACUGCGAAGCCCCUCUUUCAUUCCUGCUGACCAAGAACAAAAGGUGACAAGAAUUUAUGAUGAGGAUACAGGAAUUGUCCAGCGGCGUCUUUCAAAUGGAAUUCCUGUGAAUUACAAGAUAUCAAAAAAUGAGACCAAUAGUGGUGUUAUGCGACUCAUAGUUGGUGGUGGACGAGCAGCUGAAAAUGCUGAUGCUAGGGGAGCUGUCAUUGUAGGUGUUCGAACUUUGAGCGAAGGAGGCCGAGUAGGGAACUUCUCGCGUGAGCAGGUUGAAAUGUUCUGUGUAAAUCAUCUGAUAAAUUGUUCCCUCGAGUCAACUGAGGAAUUUAUAUGCAUGGAGUUCCGUUUUACGCUAAGAGAUGAUGGGAUGCGAGCUGCAUUUCAGUUACUUCAUAUGGUACUUGAGCAUAGUGUGUGGUUGGAUGAUGCAUUUGAUAGGGCAAAGCAGUUAUACAUGUCCUAUUACCGGUCAAUACCCAAAAGCUUGGAGCGUUCCACAGCCCACAAGCUCAUGCUUUCCAUGCUGGAUGGAGACGAGCGGUUUGUUGAACCCACACCAAAUUCAUUACAGCAGUUAACACUAGAACGAGUGAAGGAUGCUGUGAUGAGUCAAUUCGUCACUGACAACAUGGAGGUUAGUGUUGUUGGAGACUUCUCGGAGGAGGAUAUCGAAUCAUGUAUUUUGGAGUACUUGGGUACAGUUAGAGAAAGAAGAGGAUAUGAGAGAGCACAACAAUACAGCCCCAUCACAUUUCGGCCAUAUAGUGCUGAUUUACAGCACCAACAAGUAUACUUAAAGGACACAGAUGAGAGGGCAUGUGCAUACAUAGCUGGUCCAGCCCCAAAUCGAUGGGGUUUUACUUAUGAGGGAAAGUAUCUUCUUGAGUCAAUCAGUAAUAUUUCCAAAAUUGCUGAAUCCUCAAACUCAGAAGAACAAACAGGCGAAGUACAACAUGCCGACAAGGAUCUACAAGGAAGAUUACAAUCUCACCCCUUGUUUUUUGCCAUUACAAUGGGCCUUCUACAAGAGAUCAUAAACUCCAGGCUUUUUACAACAGUGAGGGAUUCUCUUGGGUUAACAUAUGAUGUAUCAUUUGAACUAAACCUGUUUGAUCGGUUGAAGCUCGGGUGGUAUGUAAUCUCAGUGACAUCAACCCCUGCCAAGGUACAUAAAGCUGUUGAUGCUUGCAAGAAUGUCCUCAGAGGUCUGCACACCAACCGCAUUGCGGCGAGGGAGUUGGAUAGGGCAAGACGGACAUUGCUUAUGCGACAUGAAGCUGAAAUCAAGUCGAAUGUGUAUUGGUUAGGGCUGAUGGCUCAUUUGCAAGCUACAUAUGUCCCUAUGAAGGACAUUUCUUGCAUCAAAGAUCUGACAUUGCUAUACGAAGCUGCUACUGUCGACAAUGUGUAUGCUGCGUAUGAGCAGUUGAAGAUAGAUGAAAAUUCUCUCUACUCUUGCAUCGGAAUUGCCGGAUCCCAAGCAGGAGAAGCUGUCACCGCUUCCAUUGGAGAGGAAGAACCGAUCGAGGGAGUCCCUAAUGUCAUUCCCAUGGGCCGGGGUUCAUCCACAAUGACAAUGCCGACAACAUGAAAUUAAGCUAAUAAGACAGACGAUCACUUUGCAAAAUUCAAACUCUUAGCCGUAGGAGCUGUUAACCUACAACUAUGGAAGAUCUUCGAAAUGAAAUUUAAAGAAAGCUGGAGACUUUGCAGGAGCUCCGGUGGACAUGUGUAAGCCUUAUUACUCAUGUUGGAACCAAAUCAAUCACUUUUUCUUUUCUUUUUUAUCUCUAACUACUGCUGUUCUUGUUAGAUGUUUUUAUUCUUGAUAAGGUAAGGUAACAAGCAAAUAUAAGGUAUCUCUCUUGAAUUUAUUAUUAUUAUUAUUAUUAUUAUUGAGAAAUUUGUAAGAAUGAAUGCUGUAAGAAAAUUAUGAUUCCUUUUAGGUCUUGCAAAUCACAUCUGAUUUGGAAA